AUGGGGAAUACUGAAAGCAAUGUGACCAGUGGUGUCAAAAAUCAAGCUGGCGUCUCAACUCAGGCGCUCUACAAAUUCGUUAAUCUCAAGGGAGGUGGUCUAUUGGUGGAUAUGAUGAAACGUGCUUGCCAAACUAAACAAUUCGCUGAAAUCGAUCAUGCCAUUAAAACGAAAGUGGAACCAUUCCUGUACAACAAAGGUGCUGGACGCUAUUUUCCGAUAUCAAAAUUGGUGCUAUUACGUAACAAGGAACGUGGACGCACAAAAUAUUUACCAGAAAUACGCGCCUUGGAAAAUCCCGAAGAAGAUUUUAACAUACACGAUUACUGUCCAGAAGUGUCGGAGGCGGAGUAUAUAGCGAAUCCCAAUGCGUAUCGCUAUGUUUGCUGGAAUUUAAAUGAACGGGGAGCUGUGGGCGAAACUAUACUACAUCUAUGCCUGUUAAAUGCCAGUUCAUUGCAUGCGGAUUUAGCUAAACGUUUACUUAAAUUUUAUCCAAAGCUAAUAUUUGAUAUCUAUCUGUGUGAUGAGUACUACGGCGAAAGCGUGUUGCAUAUUGCCAUUGUUAACGAAGAUCCAGCAAUGGUCAAAUAUUUACUGGAUGCAAAUGCCGACGUGCAGGAACGCUGCUGUGGUGCUUUCAUGUCUGCGGAAGAUCAAAAACCCUCACGGUACGACUCGCCGGAACAUGAAUACGUUGGUGUGCAGGCCAUGACUAAUUACGAUGGUUACGUAUACUGGGGCGAGUAUCCGUUAAGUUUCGCCGCUUGUCUGUCACAGGAGGAAUGUUUUCGUUUGGUUUUGGCACGUGGUGCUGAUCCAGAUUUGCAGGACACCAAUGGGAAUACCGUGUUGCAUAUGCUCGUUAUAUAUGAGAAGAGUGAAAUGUUUGAUGUGGCCUACGAAGUUGGCUCAAACAUUCACAUACGAAAUGUACAAAAUCUGACGCCACUUACGCUUGCGGCUAAAUUGGGGCGAGUGGAAAUGUUCUUCCACAUUAUGAGCAUUGAACGUGAAAUAUAUUGGCAGUUGGGGAGUAUUACGUGCGCUGCAUAUCCCUUGUCGAAAAUUGAUACGAUUGAUGGCAAAACUGGCAACAUCAACAAGGACUCCGCACUGAAUUUUGUGGUUUUCGGUGAUAAAUUAGAACAUUUAGAGCUUUUAGAUGGAGUGGUCAUAGAUUUACUUAAAACUAAAUGGAACACGUUUGUGAAGUCGAGAUUCUACAAACAAUUUUAUAUGUUUGCAUUUUAUUUUCUGUUUUCGUUAGUAAGCUUUAUAUCACGUCCCGGGCCACCAAUUAAAGAUGAAGAUGAUGAGGACAAUAAAGAAAGUAUCAAUACAACAUACCGAAAAAGUGAACAAUUAAAUGAAAGAAAGGAAGUGAUAAAGCGUGCGGCUAUAAACACUGAGUACAAAACCUUUUGGUUAAACUUUACGGAGUAUUUUGAUGAAAAUGAAGUUGAUCCCGGUCCCUCGUGGUGGGCUAGCUAUGCAGAAUGUCCUCUAAUGAAUAUGGAAUCAGAUUUAGCAAAGAUACGUCUUAUUGCUGAGAUUGUUAUUUUCUGUGGCGCAAUAUUAUAUUUGCUUGCUGCUCUACGUGAAGCUCGAUUUCUGGGCUACAAAAUGUUUAUAGAAAAUUUGAUGACAGCACCAUCGCGUGUUAUGUUUUUAUUCUCCUGCUGCCUAAUGAUGACAAUUCCCUGGUUGCGUCUGUCUUGUCUUACGGAAAUGGAUGAUCAUGUAGCUGUGGUUAUAAUGCUAACAACAGCGCCGUACUUCUUAUUCUUUUGUCGUGGCUUUAAAACCGUUGGACCUUUCGUUGUGAUGAUAUAUCGCAUGGUUAUGGGUGACUUGCUACGUUUCGUUUCUAUUUACCUUGUCUUUGUUAUGGGCUUUUCUCAGGCUUUUUAUAUUAUAUUUCUGACAUUUGAUAAUCCUGCUACACCCGAUGAGGUUGAUGAUUCACAGUCUAAUCCCAUGCCAUCUCCAAUGGAAUCCAUUGUUGCUAUGUUUCUGAUGUCAUUGACUAAUUUUGGAGACUACUAUGGUGGAAUGGUUUCCACACAGCAUGAGUAUGAAGCCAAAAUAUUGUUUUUUCUUUUCAUGGUCAUAGUAAGUGUCCUACUUGUCAACAUGUUGAUCGCUAUGAUGGGUAACACAUAUCAAAAGAUUGCUGAAAUUCGAAAUGAAUGGCAAAGGCAAUGGGCACGUAUUGUGUUGGUUGUAGAACGCAGUGUGCCUCCAGCGGAGCGACUGAAAAAUUUUGGUUCAUAUAGUCAAUCAAUGUCAGACGGACGUCGAGCCCUUGUACUGCGUCUGAAUAUGAGUGAUGAGGAAAAAGAGGAAAUGAAAGAAGUGCAGGAAAUGAAAAGAAUUCACGAACGCUUUUCUAAGAAAAGGCAACAGGAGCGUGAAGCGCGAGCCAAAAAAAGACAAGAAGAAUAUGAGAAAUUUUUUGGUGCAACACCGCAGAACGAUGAUGAAAAUGGAAACAAUAACUUUUAA